AUUUAAUGACCAAUUUUACAUGCACUCUGCUUCCCCUUGCUCCCUCACUUUCUCUCUCCCUCCCUCUGCAGGAUGCUAAUGGUGUAUACUGCUUGUGUACUCAGUGCUCAGGGAAAUCUAUUGAUGUAUCAUGUAUUGGAUACUUCAGACCACUGUUAGUGACUUUGGGUACAGAAUCUUCCUCUCAUAUUGCUACUGUACCAUCUACUAUAGUUAACCAGUUACUGGCUGAUGUAUGUUCACCAGAUUCUAUUAAGAAUCUUAAUUCAUUACCAAAUGAAAAGGUGAUCUCAGUUGGUGCUGCUUUAUGUAGGCGUACAUUGGAAUUAAUAGCAGAGAGAGAUUGGGUUGUUUGUAUAGAUGCAUUGUGUGAUACUAAUAGUUUCAUACUAUCAUUCAAGAGCACUAUACUGACUGUUAGCCUUUGAUUAUACAUAGAUUAUUUUUUUGGGGUAUAUUUUUUGUUGUCAUAGGUGUAUCAGUGCCAUAUUUGUUUCAUUGAUGUGAAUCUGUGUUUCAGGUA